AUGUCAUUCAGACCAGGUAGCAGAGGUGGUUCCAGAGGUGGAUUCGGUGGUAGAGGUGGUUCCCGUGGUGGAUCCCGUGGUGGAUUCGGGGGUGGCCGUGGUGGUUCCCGUGGUGGAUUCGGUGGUGGCCGUGGUGGUGCCAGAGGUGGUUCCCGUGGUGGAUUUGGUGGCCGUGGUGGUUCCAGAGGUGGUGCCAGAGGUGGUCGUGGUGGUGCCAGAGGUGGUGCUGCUGGUGGUAACAGAGGUGGUGCUAAGGUUAUCAUUGAACCUCACAAGUUUGCAGGUGUUUACAUUGCAAGAGGUAAAGAAGAUCUUUUGGUUACUAAGAAUAUGGCCCCAGGUGAAUCAGUUUAUGGUGAAAAGAGAAUUUCUGUUGAAGAACCAUCUAAGGAAGAUGGUGUUCCACCAACUAAGACUGAAUACCGUGUUUGGAAUCCAUUUAGAUCCAAGUUGGCUGCCGGUAUUAUGGGUGGUUUAGAUGAAUUAUUUAUUGCCCCAGGUAAGAAGGUUUUAUAUUUAGGUGCUGCUUCAGGUACUUCUGUUUCUCAUGUUUCUGAUAUUGUUGGACCAGAAGGUGUCGUUUAUGCUGUUGAAUUCUCUCAUAGACCAGGUAGAGAAUUAAUUUCUAUGGCUAAGAAGAGACCAAAUAUUAUUCCAAUUAUUGAAGAUGCUAGACAUCCACAAAAAUACAGAAUGCUUGUUGGUAUGGUUGAUUGUGUGUUUGCGGAUGUUGCUCAACCUGAUCAAGCCAGAAUUAUUGCUUUGAACUCUCAUAUGUUCUUGAAGGAUCAAGGUGGUGUUGUUAUUUCCAUUAAGGCUAACUGUAUUGAUUCUACUGUUGAUGCUGAAACUGUUUUCGCUAGAGAAGUUCAAAAAUUACGUGAAGAACGUAUCAAGCCUCUAGAACAAUUGACUUUGGAACCUUAUGAAAGAGAUCAUUGUAUUGUUGUUGGCAGAUAUAUGAGAAGUGGAUUGAAGAAAUAA